AUGGCGUUUCCUCUAGGUGUCCUGCCAGGUGCUACUGGGUUAAUUGGCGAAGGGGGAAGUUUUGCCAGCCUGAGGAAGUCGCGCAAGCCAGUCGAAGAGCCUUCUAUCGCAAGCAAGGGAUCCGCUUCAAACAAGUCGCCAUCGCCGAAGAAGGACAGACCUCCGAAGAAGCAUCAGAAGUCACUCUCGUCCAAGGUCACUGAAGCCAACAAGCGUGCGAGAGCGGAAUCCUCCCCUGUCAAGUCUGCUCAGAAGACCUCACUCGAGGAGCGUCCGGGCUCAACGCCGACACUCAGCGCGUCAAAGUCGCAUACAGCAGCUUAUGAGCCAUCGGCCAGUCCACCGCGCACUCAAGCGGCCAGCAACAGGCCCAAACACGUACCCAUUGUCAUUCCAGACUAUGCGUCCAUAGUCCCGUUACCUUCGGCAUCCAGGUCCGGUUCCGUCUCGAUUUGGCUUUCGAACGACAGCGACCCGUCGCGAAACCAGUCUACGUCCCCGGCUCCUUCACUCUCCGCGGACAAAGGCCGUAACCGGCCGCGUCAUGUUGAGAUAAAGAUACCUGACUGGGCGCAACCCGUAGUCAAGCAGCCGGGCGCGCCACCGCGCGUCCACUUGACACAAUCCGUCUUCUUGGAUACCUUCGCCGAUCUCACAGCAUUAUCUGAUCUGGAUACACCACUCCCGACUCCAGAAUCAAGUCGCACAAGCACUAUGAACCCCAACAAUUCCGCCACUUCACCCGACCGUCUCAAUCUGGAAACGCAGGCAUAUCUCUCGAGCGCACACAGCAGCUCCACCAGCCUGGUGGGACGUCUGGAAGAGUACGAGUCGGCUUCUGAAGCGGAGUCUAUUCACACAGAGGAGGAUGCGAGCUCCCACACGCCCAACCAAAAUGCCGCGAACUCGCAGACAGCCACCACUUCGUCUCAAAGUACGCCAAGAACGAACCCAGCGCAUCUGUCUGGCCUGGUCUGUAAUGUCCAUCGCACCACUGGCAAAGAGCCACAUCCGCUGGUAGGCGCGACGACGACCAUACUUGGAGAUAAGCUCUACGUCUUUGGCGGGCGGCGACUUUCUAGGUCCAAGCCGCAGCUCACGUCAAACUUGUACGAGCUGGAUCUGCUGUCACGGCAUUGGACGAAGGUCGAGGCGAAGGGCGAAAUACCCGCUCCUCGGUAUUUCCACAGUGUCUGUGCACUCGGUGACAAUAAACUAGUAUGCUACGGUGGCAUGUCGCCAUCUCAGCCCACGGCAGAGCCGGCCCCUGAGGGUACGCCGGAGGUCAUCGUGAUGUCCGAUGUUCACAUCUACGACGCGCGCACCAAAAUUUGGAUGAGGAUCCACACGCCCGAUGCUCCUCAGGGACGCUACGCUCACUGUGCCGCUGUACUACCAUCCUCGGCCGUUUUCACGUCGGCGAGCGCACCCAUGUCGGCUGUUCACCACAAUCCGUCAGGAAGCAACCCCAAUCAGGGCUCACUCGGGGUCGCACUGGAUGGUACAGGCGGCGCGGAGAUGGUGGUGGUGGGUGGACAAGACAGUGCAAACCAUUACAUUGAACAAGUCAGUGUCUUCAAUCUUAGGAGCCUCAAAUGGACCGGCACGACGGGCAUGGGCCGCAGUUGCGGUGCCUAUCGUAGCGUGGUCACUCCUCUCACUACCAUGAGCGCGGCUCAAAUCGGAGCCGGUCCACAUGCACGGAACGACGUGGAAGAUGAGGACGACGAGCCCGGCAGUAUUGGCUCAGGCGCGCCACUCCUGAUCUACUCAAACUACAACUUCCUCGAUGUCAAGCUCGAGCUCCAAGUGCGCCUGACGGACGGCACACUGACGGAGAAGGCAAUGCAGACCACCGUGUCCCCUCCCGGACUGCGCUUCCCGAGCGGUGGUAUCAUCGCAAACCACUUUGUCGUGUCUGGGACUUUUCUGACGUCCUCCAAACAAGAGUACGCCCUCUGGGCUUUGGAUCUCCGUACGCUGACUUGGGGUCGCAUCGAUGCCGGAGGUAGCAUCUUCAGUCAAGGCAGCUGGAACAGGGGUGUGCUCUGGGGCAGACGCAACGCCUUCGUCAUUCUCGGCAACCGCAAGCGAAGUCUUGUCGACGACUACAACAACCGCAGAAUCAACUUCAGCAACAUAUGCCUUGUAGAGCUCGAGGCUUUUGGCUUGUACGACAACCCGCGGAAAACUGAACCAUCCUCUGGAUAUCUGUCAGCGAGCGCUACGUCGUUACAUGUCGGUCGUGACAUUUCUGCAGCCGGCAGAGUGUUAACGCCAGCAGCCGAAGAGCUUGGCUCGUUGACAAUGAACGUCCGCGAGUUGGCCGACAUGGAGUUCCUUGCCAUUGAUGGUACGCGCAUUCCCGUCAACUCCAGACUUAUCGCGCGCCGAUGGGGUGUGCAUUUCACCAAUCUCCUUAGAGAAUCGCUGGCAUUGUCUUCAGACACCGAUGCAGCCACUUUGAGGCCUACUGGAGCCGGUCACCCCUCGCGAAACUCUAGUAUUACCAUAACACCAUCGGUCAAUUCUGCUGCCACCACAGUGACGGCAAACCACCACUCCGAAAUGCCAGACGUCCGAUCAGCCCCACCUUCAUCACGUCCCCGGCUGUUUUACCUGCCUCAUACGGCGCAGACGCUGCAUGCAUUGCUGCACUACCUCUAUACUUCUACCCUACCUCAACCACCCCAUCCUCUCGCGACGCCGCAAGUAUUCUGCUCGCUACUACAACUCGCACGUCCGUACCAGAUCGACGGACUCCUUGAGGCUGUUGUUGAGUGUCUGCACGAAUCACUCGACGGCCGCAACGCAGCCGCCAUCUUCAACGCCGCGGCGAUGGCAGCGGGUGGCGGUGACGGAGUGCAGUUCGCACCUGUGGCAGGCAACAACAGAGAAAGCACCAUUCCACUACGCACAGCCAGCUUGGCCGGUCUCGACAGCCUCAUGGUCAACGGUAAUACCCGCACCUCAUCUGCACUCCGGAUAGAUACCGAUAUGGCGAACGGGCGAUCGACUCGCAAUACUCUGCGUCCUGGCCAGCGACUGGCAGAAGACUCUGAGGACGACGUUCCGAACAGCGCGGCUACGGAUACGAGCAUGAGUGAUCUGGAAGGCAAUUUGAGUCCGAGCAGUUUCAAUCGCGCCAAUGGAGCCAACGAAGUCUGGAAUGGUUCGUUUAGCGCUGUGGUGGGGUUGCAGAAGCGUGGUUUGAGGGGUCUGAUGGAAGGGAGGCGGAUGCGGGAGAGGGGCAGGAUGGAUGGUGGGGAGGCGAAGGUUGGGUUGGGUAUUGCGUAG